AUGCUCUCCCUCAAACUUCUGCUCGCUCUUGGUUUCUCAUCCCUGGCUGUGGCCAAGGGGUUUACCUCAUCAUGCAAGAUCACUAGCUCAACCGAUGAGCUGCCGACGAUCAAAGCAAUGUGUUACCAAGACGGAGGCCGUAUAGCAUAUAAUCCAAACGCUGAGUUGAACUUGGAUGACUGCUUUGAACUGGAUGGCAAUGAACUGAAGGCUACCGACCAAAAGGGGUCUGGCGGAGUCUCGGCUUGCUCUGGUGUCGAACUGGUGGCGACGAUGGGGAAGCUCAAAGGCGGCUGCCUUGGGAAGGACAAAGAAUUCGGCCUAUACAACUGGAUCAACAACCUGGGUGGCAACCUCGUUUGCCAUACUUAA